UAACUUUCGCCUCUUUGUUGUCAUUCCCUCCACAGAAUGAUUUCCUCUGCAGUGUCUUUCAACCUUAGAUCUUUCCACCAAUGAAUAAAAAUUAUUCAUUGCGUUCCACCGACUGGUGUCAUUGCUCUCUAUUUUGGGGUUUUCAAUGUAGAAGACCCUACUUUGAAAAAUGUCUUACAUCGUACAACCCGAUGUUGUAAAAUAUGCUUGCACAUGUGGCAUUUUAAGACCUAUCUCUAAUCUAUAUUUUUGCAGACAUUGUUUAGAAAUAAGAUGUUCUUUUUGCGUGUGUCAUGAGGCGGAUUCCCAUUACUGUGGAAAAUGUGCCGAAAAUUUACCAUCUUCCGAGGCACGUUUAAAGAAAAAUAGAUGUGGCAAUUGUUUCGAUUGUCCAAGCUGUCAUCAGCAACUGACAACUAGAGCGGCAAAUAUGGGGCCUAAAAAUGGCGAAGAUCCGAAAGCUCCACCUCGCAAGGUUUUUUAUUUGCUUUGCCUUUUGUGUCGCUGGAGCUCUAGAGAUGUAGGAAUUCCCGAUCAAGCAGCUGUGAGUGGAGGGUGGCCUGAGAGGGAGAAUGUUUACGCAAAUCGAUUGCAAGAUAUACAAGAUAUGUAUAAAGGUAUUGUGCUAUCAGAUAAACAGCAGAAACUUGAAAAAGAUAAAAAGAAGCAACGUCGAUAUAUGAGCUUCACGGAUAGGACUGGUAUAACUGCCUCAAUGCUGAGAAAGCGAGUGGGGUUGCCUGACGUUCCACACCCGCUUCGUAAAUGCCAGGUUAAAGAACCAACUAAAGCUAUAGCAAAAGAGGAUGUUGAACAGUUUCCUGAAUAUCUGCUUACAGAACCUGUGAAUUUGUCGUUUGUUACUACAAUGGAGCAGAGGUUAGUGCAGCCAGAACUACAACCAACAACUGUGGAUAAACUGUUUCCUAUUCAUAAGCAUCUGUCUGUGAAAAGAUCGCAACGUUGCCGAUCCUGUGAACACAAUGUCAGCAAACCGGAAUAUAAUCCGAACUCCAUUAAAUUUAAAAUACAAUUAUUUGCCUACUAUCAUAUUCCUGAGGUGCGUUUAAUAACUGUUGAGCCACUAAGGGCGGGGAAAGUAAGUGAAUUACUUAUUAAAUUUAUCAAUCCCACUCAACAUCAAACAACUGUUACACUUUUACCGUACAAGGUGGGGGAUGAUGUCAUUGUGGAAGAGUGUAAAUCUGAAAUUAGUCCAGUCGAUGAGAAGCAGCCGGUCUCACUAACCAGUCAGCCCAGUAGUUUGAUCCAUUCGUCACUUUCACGGCAACCAUCGAUAACAAUUAAACCUAGGCCUGUUACAGUUCCAGUUGUAGCGAGCAUUGAAUUUCCUGAUAGCACUUUCGUUUUACCACCACGUGAUGAUGCAGCAGAAUAUGAUGAUUCAGGUGACACGCAUAAUAUUCAAGACGAUCCGAAACUGGUCGUUUGGAGGAAAUCAAACAAAGCUGUGAUUAGAUUAAAAAUUGUACCAGAAUGCAAUUUGGCAAUUGGAGAUGAAGUUAUUGUCGGAUUUAUAAUGCAACAUGUUUACGUAAAUACAAUCACAACUGUCGACAAUAAGGAACCACAAAAAUACGAACAUAAGAUUAAAGUCUUUCUAAAAUUAGGUAGCAUUGUAGGAAGUGAAUAAGUAAUAAGUUAUUUAUCAAUUAAUAAUAUGUAAUUUAUUUUACUAGCUUACAGGUGUUUGUAUUAAUUUGUAUGUGUAACAAAGUAUAAGCUUAUAAAUUAUAAUCAUUGCCAUUAUUCAGUAAUUAAAAUGAUUUCCUCUAACAAA